CCGCCCGCCCGCCCGGACACCGGCCCGGCACCAUGGUCCUGUCCGUCCCCGUCAUCGCCCUGGGCGCCACCCUGGGCACCGCCACCAGCAUCCUCGCCCUCUGCGGCUUCACCUGCCUGUGCAGGCACAUGCACCCCAAGAAGGGGGUCUUGGCAAAGGAGCAAGACGACGCGGAGAAGGCCAGGUCCAGCGUGCUCCGGCCCGUCCGGCAGUUCAAUGUUAAAAAAUCGACAGAACCUGUGCAGCCUCGGGCCCUCCUGAAGUUCCCUGAUAUCUAUGGGCCAAAACCAGCGGUAACCGCUCCAGAGGUCAUCAACUACACAGAUUACAGCCUGAGAGCUGCCGAGGAGGCCACGCCUGUCAGCGCCCCAGCCCUGAACGAUAGCCGGCUCAAGAGGCAGGUCACAGAGGAGCUGUUCAUCCUUCCUCAGAAUGGUGUGGUGGAGGACGUGUGCGUCAUUGAGACGUGGAACCCCGAGAAAGCGGCCAGCUGGAACCAGGCACCUAAGCUCCAAUACACCCUGAACUACGACGGACAGAAGGCCAAGCUUUCUGUGUCUCUCCUGGAAGCCGUGACCGGGGACCAGGACGCGGGGUGCGACUGCUACAUCCAGGGGUGCGUGACGAGCAAGACGGGCACCACCGAGGCCCAGACGGUGUUGAAGAAGAGGUUGCCGCGCACGGCCUGGGAGGAAGCGCUUGCGUUCCCCCUGGCCGAGGAGGAACUCGCUGCCGCCUCCCUGACCUUGACCCUGAGGAACUGCGACAGGUUCUCCCGGCACAGCGUGGCAGGGGAAAUGAAGCUCAGCCUGGCCGGCCCGGGGGUGUCCUGGGGAGUUGCCCAGUGCGGAGAGCUGAAGACCUCUGAGAAGGAGCUGGCAGCUGGAACUGGUGAAGUUCUGCUGUCUAUCAGCUACCUCCCGGCAGCCAACCGCCUCCUUGUGGUGUUGAUAAAAGCCAAGAAUCUGCACUCCAACCAGUCAAAAGAUCUCCUGGGGAAAGAUGUGUCAGUCAAGGUGACCCUGAAGCACCAGGCCUUGAAGCUGAAGAAGAAGCAGACAAAACGGGCCAAGCAUAAGAUCAAUCCGGUGUGGAACGAGAUGAUCAUGUUCGAGGUGCCCCAGGACCUGCUGCGGGCCUCCAGCGUGGAGCUGGAGAUGCUCGGUCAGGACGAGGCCGGGCAGACCCUCGUGCUGGGCCGCUGCAGCCUGGGUCUCCACGCUUCGGGCUCCAUGCUCAGCCACUGGGAGGAGAUGCUGAAGAACCCCCGCAGGCAGAUCGCCAUGUGGCACCCGCUCCACCCCUAGACCAGGGGCUGAGGAGCUGCUGCCACCGUCGCCAUUGGGUAUUAGAAAGAAACCUUUCCCCUCCCCCGACUGCCUUCCCCGUCCCUCCCUCCCCUUGUCCUUCCCCCGACAACCUCCCCGUCCCUCCCCCAACCAUCCUCCAGCUCAUUCCUUGAUCUGAGAUUUGAAAGACCGUGGUAGAUUCUGGGGUACUUACAUUCAGCAAUACAAAGCCUCCACUCUCACCCCAUUCACUGCUUUCCACUGUCACUGCCACACGGAGAGGUUAUUCAGGAAGGUGUUGUGGAUAAGUCACCGUGUAGAGAUUUAGCCGGAGACAUCACCUCCUCCUUCUGCCUUGUUGCCCUCCAUGG